UUAAAAAAAUAAUAAUAAUAAAAAUAAUAAAUAAUAACAAUCUAUCAAUCGCGUUUACAAAGUCGGACGAUCUACCCCAGAGACAGAACUUCGAUCCUUUCCAAUCGCGAGACAAAAGAAAUGGCUUUAAACGGAGCAGCUCCCCCUAGAGGAAGUGCAGCAGCUGCAGCUGCCAACCUGCGGAGGAGGAGGACCACAAGUGGUGGGGCAGCGGGAGGAGCUAGUGGUACCAUGCUCCAGUUCUACACAGAUGAUGCCCCAGGACUCAAGAUUUCUCCAAAUGUUGUUCUUGUCAUGAGUAUUGGUUUCAUAGCUUUUGUUGCCAUUCUUCAUGUCAUGGGUAAGCUUUACUUUGUUCGUAGAGAGGCUUAAGAAAAUACUAAUAUUCGGAAGCUGAGAUGUGGUGAAUUUCAGAUUUUGGUUGGUUAAAGGUCAACUUUGUUGUUAGAUUACUUCUUCUAGUUUGUUUUGAUGUGGUCUUUAAAUGUUUGAAAUAGAAGCAGGUGUUUUUUGGUUCUAACGAAAGCAAUGGAGAACAUUUAAGAGGCAUGUUGGUAACUUUAUGAUAUUUAGUCUGCGUUUAACAGUUGCUAAGAAUUUAGAUUCCUAUUUAUUUCUGUUAAAACAUAAAAAUCAAGUAGAAAUUGUUGUUUGA